AUGUCCUCCAGUGGAGAUGGCGCUCUAGACCCUUGGGCUGGCACCCCCGAGAUUACUGGCGCCGGGCGGGCGACGGUCUCUAAGAGCCGCGAUGCUGAUUUAAUCAAGGUUCAGAAUGAGGACGAGUUGCGUCUGGCCCAGAUGGGCCACAAACAGGAGCUCGUGCGACAUUUUUCCGUGUGGAGUUUGAUCGGACUCGCAGCCAACUGUAACAUCUCCUGGACGGGCCUGGGUCUGGGAUUGAUCACCGCUAUUAAUGGCGGUGGCCCUGGUGCCCUGAUUUACGGCUUCAUCUUUGUUUGGAUUCUCCAAUCCUUCGUCGGCGCCUCCCUCGCCGAAUUCGUGUUUGCAUAUCCAACCGAGGGUGGCAUGUACCACUGGAUCGCCGCAAUCGCCCCGAAACGCUAUAAUAGUUUAUUGAGCUUUGCAACCGGAUGGUCGACUGUCUUCGGAUGGAUCUUCACAACCGCCUCCACAAUCUUGAUCUAUGCCACCACUGCAAUGGCACUGAUCGCGCUUUAUCAUGAAGAUCUCGUUGUUCAGCCGUGGAUGACUUUUGUGGCGUAUCAGAUCUUGAACAUCGUCACUUCCGGUAUUGUUAUGUUUGGAAAUCGCUUCAUUCCUGCGAUUAACAAGUUCUCAUUGAUUUACCUCCAGCUGGCCUGGUUCAUCACCAUGGUCACUGUCGCCGCUUCAGCACCAGUACACAACGAUAGCAAAUUUGUUUUCCGAACUUGGAUCAAUAAUACCGGGUGGGAUAACAACGUCAUGUGUUUCAUCACGGGCUUGGUGAAUCCGUUAUAUUCCCUGGGUGGACUGGACGGCAUUUCGCACAUCACCGAAGAAAUGCCAAAUCCUGGCAAAAACGCGCCUUUGGGGUUAGCUAUCACUCUUUCCAUUGCUCUCGUCACUGGCUUGGCAUAUUUGCUCAGCUUGAUGUUUUCUGUCCAGAACUACAACUCACUGGUAGAUACACAGACGGGACUACCUUUAGCUGAGAUAUUCUUCCAGGCGACAUCUACCAAGGGCGGAGCCUUUGGCCUGGUGUUCAUGGUAUGGGUCGCCUUGGGACCCUGUGUGAUCGGGUCACAAUUGAGUACUGGGCGAGCCUUCUGGGCCUUUUCCCGAGAUGAUGGUCUCCCACUUUCUCGAGUUACCAUUAACAAUCUCGCCUACCUCGUUCCCAUCCUGACCAAUGUUUUGCUGUUCCACAAGACCAUGCAAAAGGGUCCAUUCUCUAUGAACCAGUUCACUGGAAUGACGGUCAAUAUCAUCUCCGUCCUAUGGCUGAUCUUUGCUAUUGUUUUCUUCUCUUUCCCGUUCGAAAUGCCUGCAACUUCAUCUAACAUGAACUAUACCUGUGUUGUUAUUGGUGGAUUCCUGGCUAUCGAGCUCGCCUGGUGGAUAAUCGCGGGCAAGAAAUACUCGGAAACGGUGCAGCGGGCUCGAGAGGAAGAGCGCAAAGCACCGAUGAUUGUGGACGAAACUGAUCCAAAGCCUUGA